GAAAAAAGAUCAAAUGGAUCCAGCCUUCUACUGCUUAAAACUUAAAUAAAUCCAUAUUACACGUAUUUUACUUACAUUACAAUACUUAUUCAAAUGGUGUAUUUUAAAUAUUUUUUGCAUGAUAUCUGUGUAAGUUAACAAAUCAAGCUAACAGGCGUGAGUAGUCAAUUUAAGAUAGCAGCGUUGUCAAAGACAAACCGUCCGUGUAGUUAUGGCGUUGGUGAAAAAUAGUUUUCUCGGUGCUGGUCGAUUUUCGUGUACUUUGCUGCGCUUACAAUUCAGGAGUGAAGACGUUCAACAUGUUUGUGUCAACGGAGUUACAACUGCGGCACAAUCGCCCUUGAAUCCGACGGACAAAAAGAAGAAAGUACCUGAGGAUGGACUCAAAUUACAGGACUUCAUUUCCGGAGACCUGUCAGAGAAGAGCCAGUGGGCUCAAUAUAAGGGGGACCUUAAGCGGCAGAAAGGGGAAAGACUCAGGCUGCCCCCUUGGCUGAAGACAGAGAUUCCCAUAGGGAAGAACUACAACAAGCUGAAAAACACUUUGCGGCACCUUAACCUUCACACGGUGUGUGAGGAAGCUAGAUGUCCCAACAUCGGGGAAUGCUGGGGAGGAGGAGAGUACUCCACAGCUACUGCCACUAUCAUGCUGAUGGGAGACACGUGCACCAGGGGCUGCCGGUUCUGCUCCGUGAAGACGGCACGGAAGCCACCCCCCCUCGACCCCAACGAGCCCUACAACACCGCUGAGGCCAUCGCUGACUGGGGGCUGGAUUACGUGGUGCUGACAUCCGUGGACAGGGACGACCUUGCAGAUGGAGGUGCAGAACACUUCGCCGAGACAGUCUCAAAUCUCAAACAGAGGAACCCCAAGAUCCUGGUGGAGUGUCUCACGCCUGACUUCCGGGGCGACCUGGCUAGCGUUGCGAGGAUUGCUCUCUCCGGCCUGGAUGUGUACGCUCACAACGUGGAGACCGUGCGGGAGCUGCAGAGGCAUGUGCGAGACCCCCGAGCCAAUUUUGACCAAUCCCUGAGCGUCUUGCGACACGCCAAAGCGGUGAAGCCCUCAUUGGUGACGAAGACCUCCAUCAUGCUGGGUUUGGGGGAGACCGAUGAUCAGAUCCAAGCUACCAUGUCUGAACUGAGGGAGAUGGGGGUGGACUGUUUGACCCUGGGACAGUACAUGCAGCCAACGAAACGGCACCUGAAGGUGGAGGAAUAUGUGACCCCAGAGAAGUUUGCAUACUGGGAGAAGGUGGGCGUUGAGAUGGGUUUCACGUACACGGCCAGUGGGCCUUUGGUGCGCUCUUCGUACAAAGCAGGCGAAUUCUUCCUGAAGAAUCUGAUUCACAAACGGAGGACUGCGUCAGACUGACGUGGCUGCCGCACGUGCACCGUCUUCGUGAUUUUUCCCGAGGUCACCUUCGGCUAAAUGUUAUUUUGAAGAAUGUAGAAGGAAUAUCGCAACCAUUGCACACCCUUGUUAGGUGUGAUACGGGACCUAAGAUCGUAGUAUUUAUACCAAAUGAACACUGGAAGAUAAUGGAGGAGCAUUGUCACCUGAGUGCAGUGGACUGAAAGUGUAUGCAAAGGGCAGGGAUGCCACACAUGGAGUGGUGCAUGCUGGGAUAGCGGCCAGGCUUCUGCAGGACCCCAACAUGCGUAGUUUUUACAGCUUCGGGGUCUUCUGCCUGGCCGCCUUCCCCCCCUGUGUGUCUUUCUGUGACUCAGGCAGGCGGUAAAGCCUCAACUGGCUUCUCGCCGUGUUCCUGCCUCCAGUGUGAUGUCAUCACAAUGCUUUCAUUUGAUUGGCUGAGAGAAUGAAGUAAUUCGGAUACCAGUUGGUCAAACAAUGCUGUUUGACUAUUAUAGUGGGUUUGUCGAGUUUGGCUGGUACCAACACUAGCAAAUGAAACCUAAUUGAUGAAGAAAA